AGACUCUGGAUCAGGAGAUAAAAUGGAGGAGCCUCUAGAAGAGAAGCAGCAGGAUUUAGAGAAAACACUUCUCAGUGUUCGCCCAGAGUUUGUGAAGAGGGUUUCUGAGGAAGUCCUGAAACAGCUCCUUGACUCCCUUGAAGCUGGUGGUGUCUUAAAUCAUUCAGAAACAGAGGCAAUACUUCAAAAGAACCAAACCAGAGCAGACAAGGCCCGCUCCACCAUAGAUGUUGUGAGGAAAAAAGGACCCGACUCCUGCAAAAUGAUGAUCCAACAUCUUCAGCUAAAAGAUGCUACACUGUCCAAUCAGCUGGGUUUGUCCUUUGCCUUAUCUGCUCAGCCAGCUGUUUUUGGUCGGUGUCAACGAGACCUUAAAGAGUUUCUGAAGAUGAAUUUCCAAUGUCUGAAUGAAGGCAUUCCUAAAGCUGGAAAAAAAACCUUUCUGGAUCAGAUCUACACAGAGCUCUACAUCACAGAGGGAAGAAGUACAGAGGUCAAUGAUCAACAUGAGAUUAGACAGAUUGAAACAGCAUCCAAGAAAACCAGUGGUUCAGAAACAACAAUUAGACGAGAAGACAUCUUUGAACUCCCACCUGGAAGAAAAGAUCCAAUCAGAACAGUGAUGACAAUGGGCGUGGCUGGCAUUGGGAAAACAGUCUUAACACAGAAGUUCAUUCUGGACUGGGCUGAAGGCAAAACCAACCAGGACAUCCACUUCAUAUUUCCAUUCACCUUCAGAAAGCUCAAUGCACUGAAAGGAGAAAAGUUCAGCUUGGUGGACAUUGUUCAUCACUUCUUCACUGAGACCAAAGAAAUCUGCAGCUUUGAACAGUUCAAAGUUCUCUUCAUCAUUGAUGGUCUGGAUGAGAGUCGACUUCCUCUGGACUUCCACAACAAUAUGACUGUGACAGAUGUCACAAAGUCUACCUCUGUAGAUGUUCUGCUGACAAACCUCAUCAGUGGUGAUCUGCUUCCCUCUGCUUUCCUGUGGAUAACCACGAGACCUGCAGCAGCCGGUAAGAUCCGAAAACAGUUCAUUGACCUGGAGACAGAGAUCAGAGGGUUCACUGACCCACAGAAGGAGGAGUACUUCAGGAAGAGAUUUGGUGAUGAGAAGGAGAAGGCCAGCAGGAUCAUCUCCCACAUCAAGACAUCACGAAGCCUCUUCAUCAUGUGCCACAUCCCAGUCUUCUGCUGGAUCACUGCUAAUGUUCUGGAGGACGAGUUAAAGAUCAGAGGCCAAGGAGAGCUACCAAAGACCCUGACUGAGAUGUACAUCCGCUUCCUGGAGACUCAGAUCAAACAGAAAAACAUCAAGUAUGAAGGAGGACCUGAGCUAAAAACACUCUGGACUCCAGAGAACAUAGAGAAUGUUCUGCCUCUUGGAAAACUGGCUUUUGAGCAGCUUCUGAAAGGAAACCUGAUCUUCUAUGAAUCAGACCUGAAAGAUUCUAAGAUUGAUGUCCAAGAGGCUCCUCUCUAUUUAGGGUUCUUCACUGAGAUCUUUACAGAGGAGAAAGGGAUGGACGGUGACUCGGUCUAUUCCUUCGUUCAUCUGAGCAUUCAGGAGUUUCUGGCUGCAGUCUACAUGUUCCACUGCUUUACCAGCAGGAAGACACAGGUGGUGAAGAACUUCCUGAGGGAAGAUUACACCAGCUGGAUCAAAAAGGUGAAGAACUUCCUGGGAAAAGGACAUAAUUACUCAUCUCUGCAUAAGUUCAUGAAGGCAGUCAUGGAUAAAUCCCUCAGAAGUGAAAAUGGCCACCUGGACCUGUUUGCUCGCUUCCUUCAUGGCCUCUCUGUGGAGUCCAACCAGAGACUCUUGGGAGGCCUGCUGGGUCAGACAGAGAACAGUCCAGAAACCAUCCAGAGAGUCAUCAACAACCUGAAGAAGAUGAACUAUGAUAGAAUAUCUCCUGACAGAAGCAUCAACAUCUUCCACUGUCUGAUGGAGAUGAAGGACCUCUCAGUUUAUCAGGAGAUCCAACAGUUCCUGAAAUCAGAGAAGGAGCUCUCAGAGAUCCAGUGCUCAGUUCUGUCCUAUAUGCUGCAGAUGUCAGAGAAGGUUCUGGAUGAGUUGGACCUGGAGAAGUACAACACAUCAGAAUCAGGACGACGGAGACUGGUUCCAGCUGUGAGGAACUGCAGAAAAGCUCGACUAGUGGGCUGUGAUCUCUCACUGACUGAAUGUGAAGUUGUGGCCUCAGCUCUGAAGUCCAACCCCUCCCUGACUGACCUGGAAAUAGAUCAGAUCUAUUAUGUAAUGAGAACCUUUGGAGACUCUGAGAUGAAGCGUCUCUGUGAGAUCCUGGAGACUCCAUUCUGUAAAGUAAAGAAGCUAACCCUCCUCCUCCCAGGAUGUGAAAAAGGAGGUGCUGGGAGCCGUAUCAGCCCAGAUGCUUUGUUGGCUCCUCACUUUAAAUCGGCGCUGGAGAAGAUCCAGAAGAACGCCGAGGAGUCAGAGACGCUUCAGGACCUGGAGCUAAACUGGGCCACCAUGAGAGCCCAGAGCAGACGCUGUCAGCGCUGCUCCGCCGGGUCACACCUCCACACAGUGACAGCUCUGUCCGUCAUGCGGCUGCUGGGGAUGACGUCAGCGGCCCACCUGCUGCUUCCGCUGGCUCUGCUUCAUAGGAGGCGCCUGCCUGCAGAGAUGCUUCACCCGCCUGCGCAGAGACCCUGUGGCCAGAAGAGGCAGAGGAUGACUGCAGUCCCUCCGUCAGUGGGAGCCCACCUGGCCCACUGGGGAACCCCCCCCACUGUGUCAGAGGGAGUUGCCCUCAGCAGACCAGAGUCACACGUCCCGGUGUUCACAGACGCUGUCAGGCUGGGAGGAAGGUGUCUGUCCCAGGUAGUGGCAGAGAAGUGGCCACACCACAUGUCUCUCCACAUAAAGGUGCUGAAGCUGACUCAGCAUUUUGCUCCUCUGCUGCGGGACCAGCAGCUUCUGAUCCACACCCACAACAGGCUCAUAGCAGCGGCAUAA